CUAGCAGCUACUUGCAUUGCAACCUGGCGCUCUCUCUCUCUCUGCUUUUUCUCCAUCUCUCAGCUGGGCCGGCUCUAAAAGCAGUCAAGAGCUAGACCCUCCCUGUCUCUCUAGCUAGCCUAGCUUCCAUCUCAUUCCUUCUCUCUUUGCCUUGGUCUGAUUCCAUUUCCCCAGCCGCUAAGUCUCUGCUUCCCACUAUCUCUCCAACCUCCAGCCGCCCAAACACAUCUGUCUCAAGUCUCAACAACUCUCUCUUUUCCAGCUCAAGCUCUAGUUCUAGUAGCUAGCUGCUUGAUAGUUACUCAACAAGAGAUCAAGCAAGCAGGAAGCAUGAUCUUCCCUCCGGCCUUCCUAGACUCCUCAAGCUGCUGGAAUACCAACCACAACAACCAGCUCCAGCAACUAGCUAAUGGCAGCGACCAUCUCACUAGCUCUUCCCCUUCAGCUGCUGCUGCUGCUGGAGGCAACGGCAACAACCAGCUGGGCCAUCAGGAAGGAGGAGGACUGCAGGUAAUGGCGCCCACGGCGGCCGGCGCCGGAGGGGAUGAAGCAGCAAUCAACAACAACAGCAGCAGCAAGGCGAUGUCGAUGUCGGAGCGCGCGCGGCUGGCGCGCGUGCCGCAGCCGGAGCCCGGGCUCAACUGCCCGCGCUGCGACUCCACAAACACCAAGUUCUGCUACUUCAACAACUACUCCCUCACCCAGCCCCGCCACUUCUGCCGCGCCUGCCGCCGCUACUGGACCCGCGGCGGCGCCCUCCGCAACGUCCCCGUCGGCGGCGGGUACCGCCGCCACGCCAAGCGCUCCUCCAAGCCCAAAUCCUCCUCCACCUCCGCUGCUGCAGCUGCGUCUUCUUCUCCGGCGCCGGCCACCACUACUACUUGCAGCACUGCGGCAGCGGCGCCGCAGAGUAGUACUCUCCAGUCAAUGUUCUGCAACAACAGCAGCAACAACAACAGCAGCAACAUGUUUGAUCUUGGCCUCAGCAGCAGCAGCUUCCCGUUCCUGCAGCAGCAAGAGCAGCAGCAGCAGUGGGCGCAGCAGAUGCAGCAGAGCUUCCCGUUCCUGCAGGCCAUGGACAUGGGCAUGGGGCAGCCAAUGCCAUUGCCGGCCGCCACGAUGCAGGGCAUGUUCCACCUGGGACUGCACACCGGCGCCGGGGACGACAACGCCCACUUCGGCGGCGGCCACCACAUGGCUCAGCUGCCGCCGGCGCCGGGGAAGAGAUCUUCAGAGCAGCAACAGGAUUACGCGCAAAUUAGCAGCGGCAGGCAUGGCGGCAAUGGCAGCAUGUAUGGAGAUCAUCAGCACGUCGUCAAUGGCGGCGGCGGCUAUGCUUUCUAUUCAAGCAGUAGUGCAGCUGGUAAUUAGCUACCACAUCUUGCAUGCAAGUUCUUUGUGACGAUCGAUCGAGCUUAAUUCAUGGUCGAUCAACAGAGCUUGUUUGCUUGCUAGCUAUAGCUAGAUUAGUAUGCAUGGAGAGAAACGAGGGAUUAAUGGUGUGUAUAAAAUCUUCAGGAUAUGUUUACAAGAUGGAGAGGAGGGGGGCGGGGGAUAUCAAUGCAUACGAGAAUUAGUUAAACCUUUGUUUUGUUCGAGUGUUUCAUGGAUCAGUCACUAGCUAGCUCUUAAAUUUGUGUUGUUUGUUGUUUACUUAACUGCUAAGUGUGUGUGUCGUCAGUCCUGCUCCUGCAUCUGCAUGCAUGCUGGGAUUCGUUAUGCAUGCAUGGUAUCCUAUUCCAAUCUAAUUAAGCUAUAGCUCUAAUUAAUUUUAGUACGUUUUUUCAUGCAUUC